AUGGCGGACGAAGGCGCAUCACCCCGCGAACUGGUCGUCGAGGCAUGCCGACGAGACCAGCCUCACCUGAUCGAGCAGGUCCUGGAGACAAUGAACGAUAAAUCGAACGAAGAGGUCGCGGAGUUUUUCAACGGCGUGACAGACGCGUUGGGGAACCAUGCUCUGCACAUCUGUGCGAUGUACGGAAGCUACGAUACAAUGGACUCCCUCUUCGACAUCCAAUACUUCGAAUGCGACCCCCUCACCCGCCUCGACAAAGACACCCCCCUCCACAGCGCCGUCCGCUUCGCCAACGAAAAGGAUCCCGAGCUCGGUCUCGAAAUGAUCAGAAUGAUGUGCGAAGCGGGCUGCGAUCCGCGCGUACGGAACAAGCACGGCCAGAAGCCCAUUGAGCUGGUCUACAACAACCAAGAAAUCAAAUCCACUCUGCAGCAGGCUGAAUAUAUUCUCGCCGAGGGUCUCCGGGACGAUGGGGAUAAUGGGUCGGUACAUGAUAGUGCCAGUGACAGCGAGUAG